AUGUCGAGUGUUGGAGCAGCAUAUGUUACUAAACAACCACGUGAUAGUGAAAUUCACAAUUCAUUUGCUUUAAUGGGAAAUGAACAUUUUAUACGUAGUUGGGAAAUGAGAGAAGGAAGUUGUGAUUGUUCAGGUUCACAUUAUACAACUCUUACUGAUACAAGAUUAUUGCUGCGAACUAUGGAUACAACAUGUUGUAGUUGCUGUUGUGAACCAGGUCAUAUAGAUGCUUCGAUUUUUUUACGUGAUAUAGCUGAAAUACGUGAAACAACAGAACGUCAAGAUUGCUGUUCUUCCUUAUGUACUAAAUGUUGUGGAUGUUGUGGAUGUUGCAAUUGUUGUUGUGAUACAAAAAAAUAUCUUGAAGUACGAGGUGUAUUCGGCUCGGAAAUCCUACACGUAUCAAAAGGAGAAAUGUUAAAACUACAAAGUGAAAUUCCAGCAGCUAUUGGUAAUCAUAAACUUGUUAGUCAGUAUUAA